AUGGCACUCCCUACAAAUGAUGCAACGGGAGUCAUUGGUUUUUUGAGAAAAAAUAUAAGCACCCAGUUCGACACUCUAAGGGCAAGAAUUAAUGAUAGAGGCACUCAGUUCUGCAACCGAGCUUUCACAAAGUUGUUAGAAAAAUAUGGUGUUCGCCAUAAGAUUGCCAUCCUAUAUCAUCCACAAACAAGCGGGCAAGUGGAAGUGUCUAAUAGAGAAAUAAAGAUGUUUGGGAAAGCAUGUCACUUACCCGUGGACUUGGAGAAUAGAGCUUUGUGGGCAUUGAGGAAGCUGAAUCUCGACAUGGAAAUAGCGGGUACAAGUAGAGUCACAGAGUUGCACGAGUUUGACGAGUUCCGUUACCAUGCUUUUGAAAGUACAAGGCUAUAUAAGGAGAGAAUGAAGAUGAUGCAUGAUAAAAAUAUUCUUGAGCAAAAUCUUAAACCUGGAGACGUGGUAUUGCUAUACCAUUCGAGAUUGAAGUUGUUUCCGGGCAAGCUGAAGUCUAGAUGGUUGGGACCAUUCAGAGUAGUGCAGGUGCUAUCAAAUGGAGCUGCAGAAAUUGAGUCCGAGGAUGGGACGAAUAGGUUUAGAGUGAAUGGGCAAAAGUUGAAACACUACCUAGGAAUGAGUACAGAUAAAGGAGAGAAAGAUGUGAUACAAUUAAAUGAACCUCAAUAUGUGAAUGAAGUAUAA